CCAAGUUUUGUUACUUAAGAUCAUCCAAUUUGCUUUCUGAAUGCUUGUCGCUACCGUAUGUACUAUCGCCAUUGCUCAAUUGCCUACAUCAAUAAAGGAAGUUCAGUCAUAAGGACCACUUGGUCUCUGGUUCCUGCAGCAGUAUCACAAAUUCAAUGAUAAGUAAGGAAGAUGUCAAAGAUUGCAGUGAUAAUUAUUGUAGCUGCGGGGGCUCUUGUAUUCGUCAUUGUAAUCAUGGGAUUCAUUUGGUUUUACAAAUCAUGUAAAAACUUUUCAAAAAGAAGUUCAGAGACUGGCUCCUCAGAUCCUUCUGCAUUAAUGGAGUGGAAUAAAGGAGCUGGGCCCAGUUCAUCAGCUAGCCAGUCUUUAUUUGAACCUCAAGGAGCAAGGCAAUUCAGACUAGAAGAGUUGGACCAAGCUACCAAGCAUUUCUCAGAUGGUAAUCUUAUUGGAUUUGGAAGUUUCGGUCCAGUCUAUAAAGGUUGGCUUCAUGGCAUUGUUGUGGCUAUCAAAAGACAUCCAGGGGCUCCUCGAGAGGAGUUCAUUGCAGGGGUAAAGUAUCUGUCAGAGAUUCGACAUCGGAAUUUGGUUACUCUUCUAGGCUACUGUCAAGAAAGUGGAUCUCAAAUGUUGAUAUAUGAAUGUAUACCUAAUGGAAGCAUCUGCAAUCAUCUAUAUGAUACCAGACGAGAGGCUCCAACUAGACUAGAGUUCAAGCAGAGGUUAUCAAUAGCUCUGGGGGCCGCUAGAGGUUUAUGCCAUUUGCAUAGCCUGCAACCCCCAUUAAUGCAUAAGAACUUCAAAACAGCCAAUGUCUUGGUUGAUGAGAACUUCACUGCUAAGGUUGCAGAUGCAGGGAUAGCAAUGUUACUUGAAAGGAUAGAAGAAGCAGGUCCAUCUCACAGUUCUAGCAUCAAUGUUUUCCGAGAUCCAGAGGCAGAUGCAUUGGGGAGCUUCACUGAAAUGAGUGAUGUAUACAGCUUUGGGGUGUUUCUUUUGGAGCUCAUAACUGGACAGGAGGAGGCCAUGCAUAUCGAUUACCUAAGAUCCAAUGAGAGCUUAAUUCAAUUGGUACAAUCACGGCUGAGUUCCAAUGAACUUGUGGACUACAGACUAGGUGGAACCUUUACUAUGGAUGGCAUUAGGGAUUUGAUCAAGCUGACACUAAAAUGCAUGUGUUUUCCUGGAAAAUGGAGACUGAAUAUGAAUAUGGUUGUGGUUGAGCUAGAAAGGAUCCAUGAAAAAGAGAUGGAACUGACAACAGUCAGAGGUGAAGGUACUUCAAAAAUUACUCUAGGCAGUGAGCUAUUUGCUUCAAAAUAAAGAUAGGCUUCCAAUGGAGCUUGUCAAGCUAUGGUCAAGCUUAGACUUACAGAAUAAUUUUUUUUUCUUGAAAAAAAAUCAAACUGUUUACAUGGUUGAGAGAAAGAGAAUAGACGUAGCCAGGUAUGGGUAUGGGUAGUCAAGUUCCUGCAAAGGAAUAGGACUGUAAAUUAUGGAUUUGAUUUUUCAAAUGAUGCAUAAUAUUAUCGGUGAUAUUGAU